AUGGAUCUCAGGGCCUUGAUGAACACGGCUGAUGACGCCGACCGCUCGAGAGCGGCCCCUGCUGCUGCUGCCCCUCCUGCUCCUCCCCAGCAGCUUGCGCCGAAGCAGCAGCAGUAUCCUCCUCAGCAGCAUCCCCAGCAGCAGCAUCCGCAACAUCCUCAACACCCUCAACAGCACCCGCAGCAACACCCUCAGCAACACCCUCAGCAGCACCCGCAGCAGCAUCCUCAGCACCCACAGCAUCACCCCCAGCAGCAGACUCCGACGACACCUUCUCAGGCAGCCACCGCGUAUGCGUUUAGGGAGUCUGCAUACAGCCAUGCUUUGCACUCUUCUCCAGGCAAGCCUCCGGCGCCUCAGGAGUAUGCUGUCCACCCGCAGGCCUCGAACCCGCCUUAUCCUCCUCAGUCGCCUUAUCAAACUCCGGGCCCCUAUCCCGGCCGCCCGGCGCCGCCACCGCUGCAGGCAGGUACUCCCGGUCCGUAUACCGAUGUGCGAUCUCCUCAGAGCGCCUCCAUGCCCGCCCCGUCCCCGUAUCGUCACACUCCGACGUCUUCGGUGAGCGGGCCUGCUGGUGGCUAUCCCUUUCCUCCGACCGGACCGCCUCAAGAGGUUGCCAGCCCUGUACAACGUCACCAAUACCCGCCAUCCAACGCGUAUCCCCCGAGAGACAGCUAUUCCCAUCCUGCUGGUGCAACACCGUCUUCUUAUCCACCCCAUCCUCAGCAGCUUCAGCUUCAGCAGCAGCAGCAGCAGCAACAACAGCUUGCACAGCAACAGCCGCAUCCGCAACAGCAGCAGCCGCAGCCGCAGCCGCAGCAGCACAUGCCGCAGACGCCGCCCAUCGGCACCCCCGGUGGCGCCAACCCGUAUAUUCACCAACGCUCACAAUCGACACAUUCCACCCCAACUCCUACCUCUGCACACAGCCAGCAGCACCCGCAACUUCACGGUCAAGCGUAUCCUCACGGCAGCCCUGUUGCGACGGCGCACCCGCCGCCCGAGUACAACCGCCAGCACUCGCAACCUCCUACCCCACUGGGCCCGCCCCAGACCGGGCCUCGACAAUCUUCCUCUGCACCGAGCUUUGCGCAACCACAAAGUCCCUAUCAACAAAGACUGUCCGCCUCGCACCUAUCCCAAGCCACACCACCACCUCCACCACCUCGCAUGCCCAAUUCCCAAGGCGCCCAAGAACGAAGGUCAUUGUCGCAUAGCGUGCACAGCGAACGCGACAGAAGCGUUAGCGUUAGCCCCAAGACCAGGGUUCCGAGUUUGCCGAGCAGCGUUGGUGGCCACACCGAACCCGAAGCGCGACCACAACCGAGUGUCGUCAAUAUGGUGGAACCCGAACGCGAACGCGCCGCGACGCCUGCGAAAAGAAAGCUCGCCGACCGAGAUCUGAGCCCUCGAGAACUCGAGAGGAAAGAGCCCCGGCCACCACCUGCUGAGGUCAAUGGAGGGCCAACAAUUGCUCGCUCGCCCGUGGUUCAGCGGAAAAAGACAAUACACACAGCAACUCCCGUUUGGGCGCAAACCUGGAAUUCCCGAGAAAACAAGAGACUGAAGCAGGCAAAUUUUGAGCUGCUAAAACGAGGGCCACCUCACAUCAACGGAAAGCACGAGAAUAAACCGGCCAGCAACUCCAGUCGCCAUACUUCGCCAGAGGCUGCACGGUCUGUUCCGCCACCGGCGGUGCAGGAGCCCAAGCCUCAACACCAUCUAGGCGCAUGGGAGGAGAGCAUUCUGGGAACCCGCCCAUACGAGGAAUUGUCCAAGCAGGUUGCAGACUUUUUGUUUAAGAACAUUUCGCUUCACCCUGACUCGGGCGACAUCAUUGGUCGCGGCGUACAGUUCGAGAUUGAGGCCAAGAUGGGUCUGCUCAUCGACAGAGACACGAACGAGCGCGUUGAAAAAUUCAUUGGCUCUGAAUGCAUUCUCCACGACACUGGCCGUCUGGCCUUCAAAAGCAGCAUGACUGCGGCCCAACACAAAGGACUGAACGAUUUCCUCAAUACUCUUGUCGUCCAGACGGACCCGCGAAACCCCGAUCCCAGCGCUCGCGGCCGGGUACAAAUCCAGUACAAACAUCGACGGGAGACGGACAAGUUUAUCGAGCUACCUAACUCGAUGCACUCCCGUCUGCCUACGUGCAUUCGCGCCCUACUUCCGCCUAGAAGACCGAUCAAGGCUCGCAUUACGUACGAUAUGAAGACGAAGGAAGUGCUGGCCAAGAUUGUCAAGGCUCGUGUGGCUGACCUUCACCUACACCUGCCCACGUGUCCUCUGGACUGCCGCAUCAGCAUCAACCUGGAAAUGCCUUGGGAUGGCCCGGCUGAGGAGUUGGAACGCCUAGCCGUCAGCCACGAGCAGAAGUUCCCUGAUCGUAAUAAGGAUCGCCUCAGCUACAAGCAAAAUCACUAUCAGGUCGACCUGACGCAAGUGACGCAGAUGACGCCCGGUCCUGGGAACACCCAAAAGACCGAUAGGGAACACGAACUCGAAAUCGAACUAUCCCCGGAUAUUGUCAUUGAUCAACAGCGCCGUGUUAUGAAGAACGAGCCUCAUUCAUACCCGCAAUUGGUGGAGGGUUUCAUCGACAACGUGCGCGUUCUUGCUCGUCGGAGUCGUGAAUUUGUGUAA